GUGAAGGUGCUGGAGGUGUUGGGCAGGUGCAGACAGGCCUUUUUGUCCACUUUUUACAGCCCUUUUCAGACGGAAAAGGAGGACGAAGAGCAGCGCCAUUCUCAGAGGGAGCCCCUCAACCAGCAUGUGCUUGAGGAAUGAUGUCCCAGUCAGCUGAUGUGGGUGAACUGGCCUGGUCCUCUGCCCUGCAGAGCUGCCCACCUGCCACUGCAUCUCCCCUGGAUUUCCUGUAGCAGGGAGCUGCUCUCAGUUUCAUUCCUGUGCCAUUCCUGUGGAUCAUUCCUGUGCCAUCCCAGCUCGCCGUGGAUGGGAUCAGUUUGUGAUUACCAUCAACCUGUUUGGUAAACCUCUUGUUGAAAGACAAGAAAAAUAGAAAUAUGGAGUUAGACCCAAGGACUGUGACCUCAGAACCAGCCUCUCCGAGGAGCAGUGCUGGGGAGGAAAAGAUGGAGAUUACUUCUGAACUGAGCAGCCCAACUUCACACAGCAGGGACAGUGGGUUCUUUGAAAGAAGUAUUAGAAGGUUAAGCACCUGGAAAUUGAAACAAAGUCCGAACAAAGAGAGUGGAAAGGAAGAUACUGGCACUUGGAAAGGAAAAAGACUUUUGCGAUCAUUUAGGAGCUAUGAGAAGAACAAAACCACAAUAUGCGAUGGUGUAGAGAAGAUUGGUGAAAAUAAAGAAGCAGAGCCCAUUCAAGGAAAACCUCUUUCAGUAAUGGAAAUCAAUGAACUUAUUCAGAAAAGACAACUCCUGGAAGCAUUUGCAAGUAUCAAGUUAUUGGAAGAUGAGACUAUCUCUGAACGGAAUGCUGAGAAAUACAAAGAUAACCCACAGGAGCUUUUACGGAAAUCCAAGGAUGUGAAUUUCCUUUAUAACUCCAUCACAAAUGCUAUCCAGUCCAUAGUGGAGGGAACGCUGGAAGCCUCCACUGUAGAGGAAACCAUGCUGACCUCCAUGGUGACUUUAAUUGCCCAUGAAGAAGCAGCUCAUCCCAACACAGACAAAGCUGUUCAUCCUGGGUCAGACUUGCUUGGCAGGCCCAGAAAGUGGAGGGAGAUGUGGAGGGAAGCAAUCAACGAGAGUGCUAAAAAAAGAGUCCUGAAGGCACCCAUGGCAUCAAAGGAAGAAGAUAGUUCUUGGCUUGAUCUCCACUUAAAUUUCCUCCAGAAACUCCUGAGGGAAGAUUUACUGAAAAUUAAGUUAUCAGUAAAAAAGUGUUAUCCCGAGGAGUACCAGGUGUGUGACACAUAUGUGGAGGCUUUUCAUAAGGCCAUUGCCUCACAUUUGCAACACCUCUGCCAGAGACUGCUGGAUUUCAAUGAGCUCUACACCUUGCUCAACUGGGUGGCCAACACCUACCACAGUGAACUCUUUCUGGGUCACCCUGAUCUCAAACCAGAGGUUAAGACAGAAAACCUGUCCCUGCUGUUUACACCAGCUGACUGGGAUAAACUGAAAAACAACUACAUUGCUUCUGCAAAGGAGAAAAUCAAAAGUUAUUUUGGAAACAUCCUGAGACUAGAGGUCACAGAGAAGUGGGAGAAGGAAGUUCAUUCAGAAGUGGAGGAAAACCUCUACCACGCCUCGCUCUCCUUUGAUAUUCAAACGAUCAUCGGGGAGUACAUGAAGUUAUCUGGAGCUAUCAGCAGAAGCCUGGAAACAAAAAUGCUUGAGCUGUGCAUGACAGAGCUGCUUGAAUUUAUACCAAGGUUUGAGAAGGAGUUUGAGAAGGCUUGGAGCACUGCCCAGGACAGCCCCAUCUUUGCACCCUAUGUUGUUGCCUACAUCAACAGCUUCCACGACCUAAUGUCAGGGUUAGAAACAGAGUUUGAAGUCAACACUGAGGAACUGCAGAAGAUUUUGGCAGCUCUGACAAGGAACUUCACAAAUAUUUUUCUAACGAAAUUAAAAACGAAAACACAGCCAUUCCUUAAGAAAAUCCUGACCAAGGACUGGAUUUUGGACACAGGAAGGCCAGACUCACUGGCAUCAGCAGUCUCGCAGUUCUCUGAGCACCUGCAGCACAUGAGGAAGCCCACGGGUCAGGAGCUUCUACGUGAAGUUCAUAGAUAUGUGGUAAAGGAAUAUAUCACACAGGUCAUCAAACACAGAUGGAGAAUGAACAGGGAGACACGGCAAGAAGUGAGCGAAAAGAUGGACCUGGAAGCCAGAAUCUUUCAUAAUACUCUCAUUGAUCAGGGCUCUGACUCUGACUGGCUUGUUCCCGCCAUACACCACAUUGCCAAGAUCAUUAGAGAGAAGAAAAAGGACAAGAUCAAGGUGUAUGUCAAGAAGCUGUGUCAGAAUUAUCCAGAUAUCAGGAAGGGCCACAUCCUGGCCAUCCUCGCUCGCCGGGGGCUGGGGCGCACCAGGAGAGCAGCAAUUCUUCGUCAAGUCUGCCAUGUGCUGGAAAGCUCCAAUGGAGGAGAGGGCAACACGCUCUUCGCUGAAAUUGAUGUUCCGGUGGUCAUAUGCUGCUUCUAAAACAGAACCAGAACAGCAGUCAGCAUCCUCCCGCCUCCUACACUGCCUCUACACAUGAUCCAAAAUCUGCUACCCUCCCUUGCUCCUCUGCAAACCCAAAUAUUUGAUUGCCAUGGAGAAAGAAGCAGUUUUCUGAACUUGCUACCGUGAGUUCAGAACCCGAAGGCAACAGAGGCACUGAGACACCAACCUCCUGCAAGAGCCCCUGGGAAGCAGCUCCAGUUCAGACACCGUGUCUACCUCACGUUCCAUACAGAUUCUAUUGCUGGGAGGCUGCUCUGUUGUUUGGUCCAAAAUUAAAUUUCUCUUCAGAGAAAACCAAAAGCAGUUCGCUCAGAGCUAUAUUAAGGCUCGGACUGUGCUUUGCAUAAUUAUACAGCAGCAGAGCGAGAGCCUCCUUUGUAAUUAGUACCCAUGAGCAAUCAAGGGGCAGAGCUUGGGUAGGGAUGUGGUAGCACCCAAGUCUUAUUUCCUCCACUGUGAACCAGCUGGCCAAGCUGGCAUGAUGCAAGGCGGUGAUGUAGUGACCUGAUGCCAAAAACCACUACCUGCCUGAGGAGGAAAACUUUGGGUAAGCAAACCCCACGGGUGGGACAUGUAGCACAUGGACUACUCUGCCCUCCAGGAUGGCCCUGGUGGCCCUUCAGGCAUUUCAGCAGAUUUUCCUCACUCACGGGCUGCCUUGGGAAACUCCUGUUGGACCGAAGAUCUGUUCAUGCCAUCACAGCCUCUCUGUGUGGACAGGCAUGUCUGGAUCGGAUGUGCCAUGUGGAGUGAAGCUCCAAGUUCUCCUUGACCUGAGGAAAAGGGUCAUCAUGCCUCUAGUCCAUUUUCUUGUAUGUUUAAACAUAUUUUAACAAAUCUGGUACAAUCUGACUGUAGUAUGAAACCAAAUGUGAGGUGGACAGACAUAGUGCUACAGAUCUGAUCCUCAUCUGGUGUAAGCCAGCAUCACCCCAUUGAUGGGCGUGGAACACCAUUGGUUUAAGACCAUGAGUGAUCCAAAGCAUCACAUCCAGCAUCUGCAGGGGAGACUAAAAGAGACAUCCAGCAGCCUAGAGAUGUACAAAUCUGAUUUUAUUUAAUUCAAUUUAUCCUUAGGUUGCCCUCCACAGCAAUAAAUCUGAGACUUUACAGAGAUGUAUUUAUGAUCUAUCAAUUAAUCUGAUAAAUGUGGACAUGGCAUAGCCUUGAACACUAAUUU